AUGCGAUUCAUGAACGGAGUGCUCAACGUUGAGCAACUGAAGAAGUGUCAAGACAACCCAAGCGCAUUCGAAGGAAGACCGCAGCAAAGCAGCAAAGCAGCAAAGAGCACACCUGUUGUGGUGCAGGAAAACGAACCUACGUACGUCAUCGAAGCCCUACGGAAGAUGAAGACAGUCAAAGGGAGAUGGCAGUUUCUAGUGAUAUGGGCAGGCUAUCCAGAAGACGAGAACACGUGGGGAAGCGAGCAAAACAUUCCACAUGUGUCCCAUUGGAAGUCGUUGUUGAAGAACUUGGAGGCAAGGACUCUACUACUAAGGCGAGAGAAUGUAACAAAUUAA